AACCCUGGAAAUACGUGUAAGUGUGUGUUGUGAUUUGGAAAUGAGGAAAUUUUUACAAGAAAAAUAUUGAAGAUACGUGAAAAUUAAGAAAGUGAAGGUAUUUUUAACCUUUGGAAGAGAUUAUAAACGUAUUCGAGAUGUGUACCACUAUUUCUACGUUGUUUGAUCCGAAUCCAGUCGAGUUUAAUCGUCGUUUCUAAUCAUGGAACUAGCCAAGUCGUUAUUCAAACCCAGUAUUCACGAAGGAUAUGCUGGAAAAGAAGAUAAGAUCUACAUAGAGUCAGCUGUUUCCGACGAUGAAGAUGCUCGUAGACCAAAUUCGUCAGCUGCCGAAGAAUACGAUAAUGAAAAGACCAACGUUGCCGAGUUCUUAGCCACUUUUAAACCGCUGAAAGCUGGACCUUUUUCGGCGGUUACUCCUUCGCUAUGUCCUCAGGAUAUUCUAACUCAAUUGCAAGAAAAUGAACAAACCAACGAUAGCAGAUACGACGAAUUCGGAUUUCAUUUGGAUGAAUGUCAGCAUGAAUUUUUCCGAACUAAUAAACUGAGCGAGGAACCUUUCGUUGAAGAUUCGCAAUGGAGAUUGCAAUGGAUAGUGCAACUGAAUUUCGAUAAAGGAGAUGAAAUAUCUUGGGAAAAUGUGGAAGUUGUGUUGCCUCAUACUGAUAAAUUUGCAUCUAUGGUCAGGAAGGGAAUACCGCAUUCGCUGAGACAUCAAUUAUGGAUGAGAUUCAAUGGUUCGUUAGAUAAAAAACAAAAGGCCAAAACUGCCUACCGAGAAGUAGUGAAACUAGCCAAUUUCGACGAGUUUAUUACGUCUCAUCAGAUUGAAAAAGAUGUUUAUCGUACUCUACCCGGAAACGCGUGUUUUAAUUCGGAACGAAGCACCGGAGUUCCCAGAUUAAGGCGGAUUUUACGCGGGGUAACGUUCUUCUUCAACGAUAUCGGCUAUUGCCAAGGUAUGGGUGUCAUUGUCGGAUAUUUAUUACUCUUUAUGGAAGAAGAAGAUGCCUUUUGGAUGAUGAUCUCAAUUAUGGAAGAUCUGGUGCCUGCUACUUAUUAUACCGCCAAUAUUCCUGGUGUAAUGGCUGAUGUAAAAUUAAUACGAAGUUUAUUAAUAACUUAUAUUCCGAGCAUUCACGAAGCUUUAGUUACCCACGACGUAGAUAUUACGGUAAUUCUGGUCAGCUGGCUACUUCCAGCGUUCGGCAACGUAUUGCAUAUCAAAGUAUUAUUAAGAAUCUGGGAUUUAUUUUUCUUUCACGGUAGUAUCAUCCUAAUACGAGUAUGCUUCGGUAUUUUAAAACUUACUGAAGAUCAAAUUGUUAACGCUGACGAUGGUGUAGCCAUAUUGAACGCUUUAACCGAUGCUCCAGGUUGCGUAGACGAUAUCGAAAAGCUACUCGAAGUAUCGUUCGAAGUAUCCGCUGAUUUAACCGACGAAUUGUUGGUGAACGAAAGAAAACGACAUCAAGCUUACUUAAUGGUAGACCGUGGCACGAUUUUAGGCAGUCCUGAAGCCAUCACUAAUCUUCCUAAACAACAAUUGAGCAGGCGUCAAAUUCGUAAAUCCAAGUCGAUGAUACAACUGAUACUAUUCGGUGAUAAUGAAGAAAAUGACGACGAUAUGAAGAAUAAAAAUAUCAAACAAACAGAGCUGCUAGUCGAUUUGAGAGAAGGCAUUUUACAAAUAGCUCAUCAUUUUUUAUCGGUAGAUCCUAAGCUAAGCGACAUAUCUCUAGUACCUGAUUACUCCAUCGAAAGUCAUUCCAAAGAUCACGAAAAUUACAACAUUGUCUCGCGUAAUCGAAGACGUCGAGCAAAAGCUCUACUCGAUUUCGAAAGACACGACGAUGACGAGUUGGGUUUUCGUAAAAAUGAUAUCAUAACCGUCAUCAGUCAGAAAGACGAACACUGCUGGGUCGGCGAGUUGAAUGGUCUCAGGGGUUGGUUUCCAGCCAAAUUCGUCGAAUUACUAGACGAACGUAGUAAACAGUAUUCGAUGGCUGGUGAUGAUUCGAUAACCGAAAAUAUAACCGAUUUGGUUCGAGGAACUUUAUGUCCAGCUGUUAAACAGAUUUUGGAACAUGGGAUGAAAAGACCCUCAUUUCUUGGUGGACCGUGCCAUCCUUGGUUAUUUAUCGAAGAAGCUGCCGUUAGAGAAGUAGAAAAAGAUUUCACGUCGGUGUACAGUAGAUUAAUGCUUUGUAAAACCUACAGAUUAGAUGAAGAUGGCAAAGUUCUAACUCCCGAAGAGUUGCUGUACAGAUGUGUUCAAUCAGUGAAUCAAAGUCACGACGAAGCUCAUGCUCAGAUGGACGUAAAACUAAGAAGUUUAAUUUGUUUAGGUUUGAACGAACAAGUCCUACAUUUAUGGCUCGAAGUAUUAUGCUCUUGCGUCGAAGUAGUUCAGAAAUGGUAUCAACCUUGGAGCUUCGUUUGCAGUCCUGGUUGGGUUCAGAUAAAAUGCGAAUUGAGAAUAUUAUCGCAGUUCGCGUUCAAUUUAAAUCCAGAUUGGGAAUUGCCUUUAAAGAAAGAGAAAUCUCAACCUUUGAAAGAUGGCGUUCGAGAUAUGCUGGUUAAACAUCAUUUAUUUAGCUGGGAUCUUUGACCCGAUCGAAGAGUUUACAAUUCGUUCGAUACGAAUUCUAUAGCUAGGUGUAUAUUGUUAUCAGUUUGUUUUGAAUUAUCAGCUAUUCUUCGAGCUCGAUGUGUCAUCACUUUAGAUCUUCCUCUUUGCGUCCUCUUGCCUGUACUUAACAAACCAAUUCCUAAAAGUGCAUCGAGCCUAAUACGUAAUGUGUACGGUUUCCUAUCAUAAUUACGUACCUAUAACGAAACGGAUACCUAUAUAAUGGAUAAUUAUGAUUUGUUUUUCAGAUUUCGUUACGUUUUUACUAUUUUAAUUCGUGUACUUAUUCGUUAUUUAUGAUUUUUUUUUUUUAUUUACGAUUAAUUGUUUUUAAUACUAUACUCGAACGAGUUUCCUAUUUUAAAAUACCUACCAAUUACGAAUUUUUGUCGAUGGAUACGAAAUAAAAGACAUUUGUUUGGUUUUUUUUUUACAAA